UUCUUCCUACGUGCCUGCUUCCACGCAUCCCCGCUCCGGAAGCGCCGCUUCGUCACUAGAACAGGGUGCAGGGGGACACGCGCGAGGCGCACAGGGUGGCUCGGGAUUAUCGCCGAGGCAGGCGCACCGCUGGCUCGCGUCCAAGUAGUGCCUCUGUCGGCGCCAACAGCAGUUACAGUGGCAGAGGCUGUACCAUCACCUCUACCCACCACUACCAGAAGCGACGGACGGCAGCCGCCGCGAGCGGGCGUCGAUCGCAGCGCCCGGUGUGAAACAAGUGGUGGUAGUGCCAGUGCGGUCGUCGUCGCCGUCGUCGCCGUCGUCGCCGUCGUUGCCGUCGUCGUCGCCGUCGCCGUCGCCGUCGCCGUCGCCGUCACCGUCGUCGUCGUCGUCGCCGUCGUCGUCGCCGUCGUCAUCACCAUCGCCAUCGUCAUCGUUAGUCACCGCUCGUCACUGCUCGUCACCCUCGUCUUCGCGGACGUUCCUUAUAUCCUCGCCAAGGACUACGCGACGAGAUGCGACGAUCCAGCGCGGCGCGUGACGACGCGGCGUUUUCACGGUCGAGGAGCAGCGGUGCCUGAAGCUGAAGAGAGAGAGAGAGAUUAUGACGCGACGCAGUUGGUCGACCGAGUCGACAGAGGGGUGCAGACGGAUUUACGGAUGAAGCUGAAGAAGAAUACCGUGGAUGAGGAGGAGGAGGACGACGACGAAGAAGAAGAAGAAGAAGAAGAAGAAGAAGAAGAAGAAGAAGAAGACGACGACGACAAAGAAGAAGUAGAAGAAGUAGAAGAAGAAGAGGAGGAGGAGGAGAAGGGUGCGGAGGAAAAGGAGAGAAAAACGAAGAAAACGAACAAGGCGCCGCGUCAGACAUCGGACAGGCGAACAAUCAUCGUCGUUGGAUCAUCGUCGAGGAACAACGACUCGCGCUGUUUACCGACGACUUGAAGCCGCCGUAACUCGGCGCGUCCGAUGCUGAACGAG